CUACAGAUGCGGGGUGGUACAAUGCUGCGAGGUCCUCCUGCACUCAUAGGACGCAUGAAAGCUGAGGAUAGUCGGAGCAAACUGAAUCAAAGUGAGAGUCAAAGUCAGUCUACCUCCCAGAGUGACCAUGAGAGUCCUCCUACUCAUCUGCAUGCCAGUUCUGCUGCUCGCUCAGGGCCAGUACCAUGAACCGUAUCCUUUUUUGGAGGACUAUGGGCCGGAUUAUUUUCCAGAGAGUACAGAUCCUGUGAAUGCUGAAUCUCAUCCUGGAACCUACCAACAGCAGGUCCGACUGGAGCCGGUGGUCCGUCCAGAAAAAUCAGAGUCAGAGCUGGAGACAGAACCCACAGAGCCUGGCCCUCUCGAUUGCAGGGAGGAGCAAUAUCCCUGCACCAGACUCUACUCUGUUCACAGGCCAUGCAAGCAGUGCCUGAACAGCCUCUGCUUCUACAGUUUGCGACGGGUGUACGUCAUCAACAAGGAGGUGUGUGUGAGGACUGUGUGUGCACAUGAAGAACUGCUCAGAGCGGACCUGUGCCGUGAUCAGUUCUCUCGCUGUGGCGUUGCAGCACUGAGCGGUCAGUGUUCAUCAAUAGGAGGAAGCUGCGGAAAGAGCUGUGGUGGCUGCUGAUUGAGUACUGAGAUCAGGGACACUACCUGCCCAAAUACUGCCGCUUUUCUACCACUUGUCCACAUCCCAAACUCAUCUUACUCUGUUCUCUUUCUCCCUCUCCGUUUCUCCUCACUUUUUGCUUUGACUCCUCCUGUAUGAGUCAUUACAACUGUGUGGAAAGCACUUCUACAUUUGAAAUGUGUUCCACUUCUGUUUGUGUUUCACAUGUAUGUCUGCCCUGUAGAUCCUGUGUGUAUGGAUAAAUAUACUCCAAAGAACAUUGAUGAUUGUAUAAAUCACUGGUGCUAUAAAAUCAUCACACUGGUGCUAUAAAAAGUUAACUUUUAUAGAUGCACAUAACUGCGGAAACAUCUUUUCUGUUUUUUUGGGGGGUUUUUGGCAUAUUGUACCAUAUUAAUCUCAUGCUUUGUAUUUGUUAUGUUACUGUACUUGUGUUGAAAAGCAGUCAUUGUCAUGAUGAUCAACUCAUCAAUGGUGGCCACUGUGCACUGACAUCAGAUAAACUAAUUAAUACCCGGUCUCAUCGCUGAAGAUCAUGAGACGUGUGAACAAGCAGGUGGUGAGUGACCUCAGUUUUUGUACUACUGCCACCUGGAUCUGUGCUUAGCAACCAAGCAGCAAGCUUUUAUAAAUAUAUCCCAGUGGCAACAAGUGCUUUGAGAACAGCCUCGGUACUACUGCUUUGUAAAACUGUCACUAUAAAAGACUGAGAAAAAAAAAUAAACUUUUUUUUUUUUUU